AUGAUAUCGUCGGAGAUCCGUCCGGCGAUGAGGGAAUGGAGAGUUCUCGACGAUCCGUCGCUGUCGGACCACAGAUACAUCUCGUAUUAUAGAUUGACGAAUGGUAAGUCUGAAUACCUGGGCAGAUUCGCCACGGUCUAUCAAGCCGAGGUCGUAGCAGUCAUGAGAUGCGUAGAAGAUUUAAUUGAAAAAAAUGCGAAACACGAUCAUAUAGUUAUUUUCACAGAUAGCCAGGCGACAGUCAGAACGAUGGAGAAGUCAAGCUACAAGUCUGCGGUGGCACUGGAGUGUUUCGAUCGGCUAAACGAAUUGGCAUCAGUCAACAGGAGGGUGGUUUUAUGCUGGUGCCCUGGUCACAGAGGAAUACCGGGCAAUGAGGAAGCAGACAGACUGGCAAAACUGAUAGUAGAAGAAAAGAGACCGGGAAUGGAACCCUGGCUGCCGGUCCCCUAUGCGGACUUCAAGCUUCAAUUGAAAAGAUUAUCGCUUUCCAGAUUAAAAGAGAGAUGGUCGAGUACAACGACAUGCAGGCAAGGAAGAGAAAUGAUAGGCGAAAUAAACGUGGGAAGAGUUAAGGAGAUUCUGAGAAUGAACCGUGGAGACUCGAGAAUCCUGACUUACAUAUUAACGGGACAUGCACCGCUCAAUUAUCAUCUAUACAAGAUGGGGGUAAGAGAAAACGGAAACUGUACCUGUGAAACGAACGAACCGCAGACUGUAAGACAUUUACUGGUCGACUGUGACAGAUUCGUGAGAAAAAGGAGAGAGGUGUUCGGUCUCCUAGACUUUAAAGAUCAACGAGUUGACCAGUUACCUUAUGACAAAUUGAUAAGGUUUUUCAAGGAGAUCGAUCAAUGGGACAAAACGAUCGGCUCGCCGACAUAA